UCACAUUGGAAUAGGUAAGCAAUACGUAAGUAAGAUGAUGUUAUAAUAUAGUAUUUAUUUAUUUAAUUUGUUUAAUAAAUAAUUAUGGGAAGAAGUCGUUCUCCUUCGCCAAAUCGACGGCGCGACAGAUCCCGCGAGCGUGAUCGAGAACGUCGGAGAAGAAGAUCCAGAGAGCGUAGGCGAAGAUCCGUCGAACGUGAUAGAGCAAAAUCAAGGGAUCGUGAUAGGGAUGCCGAUCGACAUAGGGAACACGAUCGUGAACGCGAGAGACACAGAAGAUCCUACAGUAGAUCAAGAUCUAGAGAAAGGGAACGUCCUAUCAAGCCUAAGAUUAAACACACGGAACGACCAAUUAUUACCGAAGCUGAUUUACAAGGAAAAACUCCAGAAGAGCAGCAAAUGAUGAGAAUAAUGGGAUUUUGUGGCUUCGAUACUACCAAGGGAAAGAAAGUUGAGGGAAACGAUGCGGGCGCUGUUCAUGUUAUAUUAAAAAGAAAAUACAGACAGUACAUGAACAGGAAAGGAGGAUUUAAUAGGCCACUGGACUUUGUAGCCUAAUGUUGACCAAUAAUAUAUUUCAUUACAUAAGCCAUAAGUUAUUUAAGCAUUUUCAAUGUAAAAAAGAAAAUAA